CCGUCCCCAGCCUCACGGUCCCUUGGGGAUGGAUAGUGAGGUGGGUCAGCCAAGGGGGGGGGGGGAUGAGCUCGGGUGACGCGGCGCUCACGUGACCCGCCGGGCGCCUACGUGGGCACCAGCCCCCGCGCCCGCCCGCCUGCCUGCCCAGCGGUCCGGUCCCGGCGCCCGCGCAGAACCAGCUGUCUGAGCUGCCCGGGCGGCGGGGGAGCAGCGAGCGGGCUUCAGCGAGCUGGAGGAGGCACAGGUCUGUCCCGGGUCCCGGCAGGUCAGUGUGAAGGUCUGCGCCUCUGUUGUUCCCAGCGCUCUGCGAGGCCAGAAGAGGAGGAGCAACCUGUCCAGAAUCCCCGCAGGACAGGAAAAGGAGAAAUCUUGACAUGGAAAAACCCUACAAUAAGAAUGAAGGAAACCUGGAAAACGAGGGAAAGCCAGAAGAUGAAGUAGAGCCUGAUGAUGAAGGAAAGUCAGACGAGGAAGAAAAGCCGGACGUGGAGGGGAAGACAGAAUGCGAGGGAAAGCGAGAGGAUGAGGGACAGCCAGGUGCUGAGGGACAACUGGAAGAUGAGGGAAGCCAGGAAAAGCAGGGCAAGUCCGAAGGUGAGGGCAAGCCACAAGGCGAGGGCAAGCCAGCCUCCCAGGCAAAGCCAGAGAGCCAGCCGCGGGCCGCCGAAAAGCGCCCGGCUGAAGAUUAUGUGCCCCGGAAAGCAAAAAGAAAAACGGACAGGGGGACGGACGAUUCUCCCAAGGACUCUCAGGAGGACUUACAGGGAAGGCAUCUGAGCAGUGAGGAGAUGAUGAGAGAAUGUGGAGAUGUGUCAAGGGCUCAGGAGGAGCUAAGGAAGAAACAGAAAAUGGGUGGUUUUCAUUGGAUGCAAAGAGAUGUACAGGAUCCGUUCGCCCCAAGGGGCCAACGGGGUGUCAGGGGAAUGAGGGGUGGAGGUAGGGGCCAGAGGGGCUUACAUGAUAUCCCAUACGUUUAAUGCCUUUGACCUUCCAUUCUGACUUCUCUGAUGAGAAUAUUGCCGGCCCUGCUUUCCCUGGUAGGUAUUUGCCAGGCCCUGUGCUUUAACCUUAAGCUGAUACUUUGCUUUAGGUGUCACUCUUGUUACCAGCAGCCUUUUGACCCAACUACAGCGCUCUAUAUUUUAGUAGAGGAUUUUCACCCAUAUGCAUGGAAAAGAUGUUCAAGGUACAUUGUAAAAAACAAAACAAAACAAAACAAAAACAAUAAAAAAAGUUUGCAGAACCGCA